GAAUCGAAGGAUUCAAUUCAAACGGUUUUGCGAUUAGUAUUUAGUACAGACUGCUUCAGUGAAUCUGGUGCGAUGUUCUUCCCCAAACUGAGGGCGUGUUGGGGCGGCGCAACCAUUGCUCCGACGGCCGAGACGUCGAGGAAGCAACCGGACGAGGCCGAUAGCAUCCCGCCGAGGAGAAGUACGAGGAGUACUGUCAAUAAUGCUAAGAGAGCAGCGAAUUGGAAACCGAAGCUACGGGUGAUCGCCGAAGACGGGGUGGUGGGGGGUUAUAUAGAUAGAACUUCUGGCGGCGGCGCCGGUGUACGGACGGCUCCGUCUUCAGAAAAAAAAUCGCCGGUGAAAGCCAAACCGAAAUCUACGGGGACAGUUUCAGGAGCAUCCAAACAAACCGACUAUUACCGGAAAUGUUCCCGUCCAAUCCCAAUUCCGGCAUUCUCUCCGGCGCCGUUCUUAAUUUAAGUUCUGAUGGAGCCUUUUUCUGCUCUUAGUUAUCCACUAUUUUUGUACGUAAAACCGAAUAUUAUUCUGUAACUAUUUGUCUUGCUAAUUACAUGUCUACCGUUUUUGAACAAAAUUUUUAAUGUCUAUAGUAUAAUAAUGUAUUUAUAGUCCAAAAUUAUUUCU